AUCAGGAUCGACAGAGACUCAAAGACACAAUGGCAUCAUCAGUCCCUUUAUCCAAGGCUUGCACCACCUUCUGUCUGGCUAUGCAGAAAAAGCUGAGUGAGGAGGACAACACUGCAAAUAUCUUCUUCUCCCCGAUCAGCAUCUCUUCAGCCCUGGCUAUGGUGAUGCUGGGGGCGCAGGGCAACACGGCCACACAGAUGUCAGAGGUUUUCUCUGACUGCUCACAGUGUCUGAAGCCUGAGGCUGGUGAGGAUGAUGUUCACGCCGCAUUUGCCAAACUACUAACUGAGCUGAAUAAGGCUGAUGCUCCGUAUUCCCUCAGUCUUGCCAACAGACUUUACGGGGAACAGUCCUAUGAGUUUGUCAAGGAAUUUUUAAAUAACACCAAAAAGUACUACAAGGCUGAGCUCGAGUCUGUGGACUUUAAAGGCAAUCCAGAGAAGGCCAGGGUCCACAUUAACAGCUGGGUGGAGAAGCAGACAAAAGAGAAGAUCAAGAACUUGCUCGAUCAGGACGCAGUGAAUGGCCUGACGAAGAUGGUUCUCGUGAGCGCCAUUUACUUCAAAGGCAAAUGGAACAAGCAGUUUGAGAAGGAGAGGACUGUUGAUGUGCAGUUUCGAUUGAACAAGAAAGUCACUAAGCCAGUGAAGAUGAUGCACCAGACAAGUAAAUUUGCGUUUGCGUCCAUUCCUGAGGCCAGCUGCAAGAUUCUAGAGAUGCCCUAUAAAGGAAACGACCUCAGCAUGCUCAUAUUCCUGCCUGAUGACAUCGAGGACGAUACAACAGGCCUGCAAAAACUGCAGAAGCUGCUGACCUAUCAGAACUUCGUGGACUGGACGCAUCCAGAUAAGAUGAGGCAAACUGAAGUUGAAGUGCAGCUCCCUCGAUUCAAGAUGGAGGAGAAAUACGACUUGAAAAAGCUCCUGACAAGCAUGGGAAUGGAGGACGCAUUUGAUAGCAGCAAGAGUAACUUCUCUGGAAUGUCUCCAGCAAAUGAUCUGUUUGUGUCCAAAGUUGUCCACAAGGCUUUUGUGGAUGUAAAUGAAGAAGGAACUGAGGCUGCUGCUGCCACUGGGAUUGCCAUAGGGGUAACCUCUAUAACGAUUCCUGUUGAGUUCAUUGCUGACCACCCCUUCCUUUUCUUCAUCAGGCAUAACACCACUAAGAAUAUUCUCUUUGUGGGACGGUUCUGUUCCCCCAAGUAAACACUAUUUGACACUGACAUGAAUGAAUUAUAAGACAUAUAUAUAAAAGAUUUUGUAAGGUAAGCCUAGCUUACACAAAUGGAUUAAAGAAGUUUUGUUAA